AUGGACAAAAUAGGAGGAUAUAAAUUAUCUAUAAAGAAAGAAAAUGCACACACUAUUUCUAGUGAAAAUGAUGAUAAAAAUAAAAAAAAAAACUUUUGUUCAGGUGAAAGUUUGGAUAAAUAUGAUAUACUAUUGAUACCAGAAUAUGUUCAGGGUUAUUAUGGAGAAAAAAAUAAUAUCCUUAAAUUUUCUUUUAAAAAAAUUAUAUAUCCUUUCAAAAAUUUGAUAAUUAUAUAUGACCUACUAAAUCAGUCUCAGUCCAUAUUUUCUAAACAUACUAAUGAGGUUGUGUUGGUAAGGUGUAAAGAGUGUUACAAAACUGCUUUGAGUGUUGAAGAGUUAAAAGAUAGUGUAAACAUAUAUAUAUGGAACAAGACUAAUUUAAAAAUUUUAAUUAAUAUAAAAAUUAAAAAAAAACAUUUUUUAGACAUUGAAUAUUUGAACAAUACUAAUAUUUUACUUUUAUGUAAAUGGUAUGAUAAGUUAAUAUUAUUUGUAUUUUCCAUAAUAUUAUUUAAAAAAAAAAAAAAAGUAAAAUUGAGAAAAAAUGGAGUUUAUAUUAUAAAAUCUAUAGACGAUUUUUAUAUAAAAAAGUCUGAAUAUAUGAAAAACAAACUAACCAAAAAUACUUUUAAAAAGCUAUCUAGCAAAAUAAAAACAAGUUUUGGUUCUACUAAAUUGUUGAAAAGAAGAUAUCAAAAAAAAAACAAUGAAAAUAGUGUAAGCAAAGUUAAACAUGUUUUAGCCACUAUAAAAAGGAGAAAAAAUAGACAUAUGGCUUGCUUAAAUAAUUAUACAAACAUAAAGCAAAUGCCAUUAUAUAAGAAAAAUACUUUAAAAGAAAGGAACAAAAAAAUAUACAUAAGAAAGAUAAAAAAAGUAGACACCAAUUUUUAUUUUAUAAAAAAUUACGAAAGAGAAGGUGUGUGUUUUUUUUGCAUACAUUUUGUAAAUAUGUCAUAUAAAUGGAAAAAAAAUAAUAAUAUUUUACUAAAAAACUUUAAAUUAUUUGUAGACAUUAAAAAUACAAUUUGUAUAUUUAAUAAAAAAGAAAUAUUUAUGUAUAUUCUAAAAAAUUGUAUCCUUUAUGAAAAAUUAAAAUAUAAAAAUUAUAAAUGUAAUUUUUUUUCAAAUAACACUAAGUUUUUUUUAAUGAACCAGGGUUAUCACUUUUGUUCUAUUUUAUAUAUGACCUUGUUCAUAAAUAAUUUAUUUUUAAAUUAUAAUUUCGAAGAAACCAAUAAAAUGGAUAAAACUAAUGAAAAAGAAAUUGAUACAAAACAAAACGGUGCAGACAAGUAUGUAGAACAUUUUCCCAAUGACAAUAAACUGUGUAGAAUGAAAGAAAAGGAGAGCAAUGAAAACAACAAUAUAAAAGAUAAAUAUAUAGACAAGGAAAAUAGCUCACUAGAAGAAAGUAACCUCGCUUUCACUUCACUACAAAAUAAUAUAAUACAAAAAUAUGUAAUGCCAAAACUGGAUAAUUUUUUAAACACAGAAAUAUGUGUAGUCGAAAUUGUCACUUUUUUUGUUAUAGAAAAAGACGAAGAUAUAAGUAAAAUUAUUAGGCUACAAGAAAAUAUUGAAAAAAAUUGUACAUGGAGAAAAAAAAAUAAUAAAAAUGUCGAAAAAACGUAUGAACAUAUCAUGCAAAAAAAACAAAAUAAAAAAAAAUUAAAUAGCUGUUUAAAAAAAUAUUUAGUUGUUGGAACAGAAGAUGGGAUAAUUAUAGUUAUAGAUUAUUUAAAACCUCAUAAAGUUAUGCAUUUAGAAAAGAUAUGCAAUGAAAAUAUUAUUUCUAUUUUUGUUUUCCAAAAUGAUAUAUUAAUAUUGACAGGAUUAGGGUUUUUAUAUUUUAUAAAUGUUCAUAAUUUUUCUACAUAUAAAUAUGUUGAUAUAUUUGAAAUAUUAAAUGGAAAAUAUAUAAGCCGAAUAAAAUGUGCAGGAACUAGCCAAAGUUUUUGUUCUAAUAGCUCGAUAAAAUAUGAUAGCUUAAAUUAUUUUAGAGAAUAUGAAGAAGAACAAAAACAAAAAACGGCUCCAAAAACUGCCCCCAAAACUACGAUAAGAAAUAGUUUUACAAAUAGAAAAAUAGACAUCAAAAAGGUUAAAAAUAAAUGUCUGAAUAUAAAAGAUAACAAUUUUAUUUUAUCGGAGAAAAAGAAAAAUUCUGUUUUGAAAAGUAAUCAGCCAAAUCAUGAAAAUGUAAAAAAAAAUUCUGACUUGUCAGAAAAAAAAAGACUUCCAAAGGCUUACAAUAAUUUUAAUCGCUCUAAUCGUUAUAUAUGUUCAGGUAUAUUGUUAGAUAUUUACACAUUAGUAAUAGGGACUUCGCUAGACGAAAUUAUUACAUAUAAUUUACUAACAAAUGAGAUGUAUUUUAUUUAUAAGAAAAGUAAAAAUAUAAAUUAUUUUUUAUGUGAAAACAAUAAUAUUAUAUAUAAUAUUGGAAACACGUUAUAUAAAAGUAGCUUAAAUAAUUAUGAUAAUAGUUCUAGCUUUUUAACUAUACCGAAUAUAUGUAUAACCGCUUUUGUGUUUUAUUCUGAUAUAUUAUUAAUAUGUGGUACAUUGAAAGGGAAUUUAUAUUUUUUUAGUAUUUCAGAUGGUACUGUAAAGGUUGUAAAUAAAGUGGAUAAAAAAAAAUUCAUAGAGGAAGAAAAAAGACUUAUGCUUAAAUCCAAAAAUAGUCAAAAAAAAAAUUAUGAUAAUGGAUGGGAAAACGAAAAAAACAAUGAUAUUAUCUUUAGUAUUAAUAAGUGUAUUACCAAAAAUUUAAGGCAAUGGAAUUUUAUUAAUUAUACAAAUCAUAGUAACAGUUUCAAUGGUACUGUAAAAGAAAACGAUAAAAUAAUAGGGCUUCUUUUUAAUAGGUCAAAGACAAAUCUCCUUUGUUCAUUUAGACAUGGUAUAUUUUUAUUACGACUAGUUGUAAGAGGAAAUGAAAAGGUCGACAUAAAAUGUGUACGCUAUUUUAAUGUUAAUAAUAUUAUGAAUAUUAAUUUGGUUAAAGAUUUUGACAACUUGUUUUUUAUAACAACAAGAGAAAAUAUUGAUAUUGAAACUGGGUCUAAAAAUAUUAUUAACAAUAAAAUUAGUAUCAAUCAAAAGGAAGAAUAUAAAAAACAUGUAAUGGAAUAUUUUUAUUCUCAUCAUUUAUGUUCGUUUAAUUCCGUAAAAAUAAAAAAUAGGAAAAUGGAUAAGAUUUAUUUUAAUAUAUUAUUUGAAAAUACAUGGCUUUAUGAAUUUUCUUACUAUAAUGAUGAACAUUUUAUUUUAUUAGAAAAUGAUAAUAAAACUUUUGAUAACGAUAAAAAUAAAUGUAUAACAUUCUUAAACCCAUCUACUAUUAUAAUAUAUUCAUAUUCUGUCAAUAGGUUUAAUAAAAAAUAUUGGAAAAGUAAUAAAAUGAUUCCUAAAAGAUUAUCCCCAAAUGAACGAAAUAAUUGUUUGAAUUUGAAAAAAAAAGAAAAAAGAAAUUCAGACAUUAUUAUGGGUAGUAGACAAAAACUGUCAGCAUGUGGGUCUAUAAAUCAUGGAAAAAUAUAUAGUAUGGAAGAAAAAAAUACAUUUUCAAAAUAUGGAAACAUAAAGACUAGCUCUUUUUCUACGAAAAAUAUAUCUAGCCAUAAAGACAAAAAUUUUUAUGAUAGCAAUAAUCUGAUUUCAUAUAAUAAUAAAGCAUCAGAAUUUCAUCAAAAUGAUAAAGUAAAAAAUAUAGAUUUAAAAAAUAGUUUAAAAUUGAAAAAAGGAAAUAUUAAUUUGAUUGCAGACAGAACUAGCUAUAAUGAGCAUGACGAAAAAAAAAAAAAAAAAAAUUAUACAAAAUAUAAAAUUUUAAGAAAUAUUAUACAAAAGAGAAAAAAUAUAGAACUUUGUAAUUAUAAAAAUAUAAUUUAUGAAAAAAAUUAUAAAGAUAAACAAAUAUUAAAUUCUAUACAUAGAAAUAAUUAUUAUAAGGAAAAUAAAACAAAAGAUCUAUUUUUUGUAUUAGACAAAAAUGGUGAACAAAAACAAAAGAAAGAAGAACUACCAUACCAGUUUAAUCAAAGCGAAAAUAAGGAAAAUUUUAUAACAUGUAAUAAUGAGGAAAAUAUAUUCACCAAAGAAAUUGGUUGUUCUAAUGGGGAUACAGUAAAUAAAUCUAAAUUGUAUAUAACGAGAUACUUAAAAAAAUAUUUACAAAUAGAUAUAAUGGAAGAGAGUAAAAAAAAGAAGAAAAAUAUUUUAAUAAAUGUGUGCAAGAAAAAUAUGAUAAACUAA